AUGACGCCUUCCAAGUUCCGUGAAACUGUCAACCUUUACCCGAGCAUGGCAACGGAAGGCAAGAACGACAAGCUAGGUAAGGCAAGCAAGGCUCAGGCCGAGGAAGAAACAGAGGGAGGCGUUUCUCUGCCCAUCCUGUCCGCUUCAGUUGAACCAACGAUGCACAUCUACCAAGAGAGCCUCGAACUUGCAUCAGUUUCGACAAACCGCCGCGCAAUCGUGGAGACCUCUGAACAGCUUGACGCAGGCGACUUGACUCGUUUCACGAUUUUCACCUCCCUACAAUGA